UGGGAGGCUGAGGGAGCGGCUCAAGAUGGCGGCCGUGGGGUGGGUUGUGUGAGGGGCUGCAGGAGGGUAGAAAGAGGCCUGGCCUCGCAGCUCCGAGUUCUUCGGUGACCCUCUUGGAGCUGGAAUUGGCCUCCCUGAGCUGGGAGAGGCAAGGAACGCUGCUCUGAGCUGGCCAGUGUUGCUUUUGUGCGUCCUUCGAGUGUGGGGGAAAUGUUCGUUCCAGAACGUGGAGCUGCGGCUCUGAAGGUAACAGCACAUUGCACAGACCUGAGGAAACGGAACUGCCUGGGGGUUCCGGAGCGUGGAAGGAAACUCCUGGUGAGGGCUGCUGCUGUGCGCCACGUCGUCCGGCUUCGCCCGAGGACAGAGCCGGUGCCCUCAGGAAAACAGCCCGGCACGGUGUCAGCGGCGUUGUCUGUCCGUCCAGCCUUCGGUUCCCGUUCUCACGCUACAGCUGCAACACCAGCUACCUCUGAGCUCAAGGAGACACUCAGGCGCUUCUCCGGAGCCCCUUUGGCAGCGCAGGAGCCGGAGCGCUGUGCCCGCGGUGCCGCGCUGAGCUCCCUGCACGGGAGCCGCCAGCUUCAACAGCUCAGCGUCGGGGAGAUGACAACAGCGAGCCAGAAAUCCAGAGUGAAUAGUUCUCUGAGGCCAACCAGCUGCUUAAACCAGGAUGAUACUCGGGAUAAAGGGAAGAAACUUUUACUUUCUCCUUUCCUUUCAUCAUCCACUUUGGUUUCCCUCUUGCUUUCGCUCACUGAGGGACCGUUACUACUGACGUGCGCCUUUCACUUUGCUUUUGAUCUGCUUUGCCUUUCAGUGAAGGUCCCUCUGUCUUCCCACCGCGCCGCCAGGCUUGGGCUGCAAACCUUUGCUUCUCUUUGGGGAGAAGCCCUCAGAUUCUUGCAGCACAUAAAAAUUGUGAAGGAAACCCUCAAAUGCCAGCACUUUAUUAACUAUAAGCUCUGCAAACCCCUUUCUGUCCUGGCACACGUGGUCUGAGCGCCUCUCGCUGAACUGGUGCUGCCCCAGUUAACACAAGCCAGCUUUGUGUCACCACCACUGUCACCAACAGCUCCUGCACAGCUCUGCGCAAGAGCAGGACCAGAUCUUCGCCUUUCAAUCCUGGUGGUGUUUUACUCUGAGCAGAAACGAAAGGGGAAGGGCUCACAGCGUGGCCGCGGCUGCUCUGCGCCCGCAGCGCUCCCCGCGCCUCCAGCUCGGCAGAGAGCAGCAGCACCUGCUUAACCCGGGCAGCGGGGCGAAGUCCAUCCCUGCUUAGUGAAGCACUUGAGACAAAGUGCUCUGCUAAAUCGAAGCCAAAUGCAACUCUGGGCUGCGUAAACAGAGGUAUCCACUUGUCAGCGCGGCUGUGCACAUGCCAGAGGACCUGCUCACAAACAGCUCCAUGAAAUGGGCCUCUGUCCUGCCGAGCGCUGCGCCUCGUUGCGGAGCAGUAAGCGACUGGAGCCAGAGAGCCCCAGAUCCCAGCCAGCAGCAGCGACCGGAGCGUUUCCAGAAUCCUCAGAGCUUUGGACUUCGGGGAGUGAAUGCUCAGAUCACUUCUGGACUGAGUUAGCGCUGCCUGUCUCUGCAAUCUUUCUGUGUGCACAGGAGGAUCUCCAGCCUGUUUCAUCCCACAUCCUCACAAUCGCUCCAAGCCCGCGUUGCUGAAGCCCCGUCCCCGGGGACGUGCCGGGGCCCUGUCACCCCUGCCCUGCCCGGGGAGCGCGGUGGCCCCGGUGCUGCCGAGCAGAAGCCUCGUCAGUCCCGAUCACUGACGGCCCCGUAAACCCCAGUGCCCUCGAAAGACAGGAAAAAUGGAAAUGACUUCUCUCCUUCAUGGAGGUCUCGUGGCCUUAAAACUUAAUAGUCUCUCAAAUGCCGUAAUGCAAGAGGGGACUUUUAUGGACUCGACAAGGCAUAAUAUUAUUAAGGUGUGUUAUUAUAUUAAUUCCAAUAUUUCAUGAGACGGGGCGGGGGAGAGGGUGAAGAAUAAAACCUCUCCCUGGG